CUUUUUCCUGUCACAUUUUCAUCACCAUUUGAACCUUCCAACGGUAACAUUCCGUUGGGAUGCUCCAAGCUCCAUUGCUGCAUUGCUCCCUGGUUGAUUGGGAGCUCAUCAGCAAGCAUGAGGUUCAUUGAUUAGCGACGGAGAGAGCGGCGAAGCUGUGAGAUAAGAUAGGAGUACCAUCUACCAAAUACUCAUCAGCCAAUGCUAUGAUGCAUCGCCGCUCCAUAUUAUGUCGUUUGGUGCUUCUGUGCCCGUUUCUUCUGGUGUUUCAUCAUCAGCACUGUACCACCACUGCCACAAGGAUUGUGGAUUUGUCCCAACCAUGGGAAAAAGACCGUCUCUACAACCGAAACAAGGCAUACUGCAACAUUCAAUCCUCCAUGCAUCCGAAAAUUAUUCAAGGAUGGGUGAUAGUACAAGAUGGAAGAAUCGUCGCCGAAGGACAUGGCUAUGAUCAUGACGAAAAUGACCUAUUCCGCUCCUAUUCAACAACCAAGAACUUUGCCACCAUGCUCAUUGGCAAAAUGGUGGAGUUGCAACUUGUAUACAUCAAUGAAACAUUGGGAGAUAUCUUCAACAACACCAGCGAUUGGGAGGGAGUCUCGCAGGCCACGGAAAAGCAGACUGUCACGUUGGAAGAACUCCUUACCAUGACAUCUGGUCUUGUGAGUGUUACGGAUGAAGCCAUACAAGAUCAAGAAACACUCCAACAAGUGUUACAGUAUAUGGAGUAUCAGUCCAAUCAACGAGGAAAAUUCAACUAUCUGGGAAGCAACAAUAUCUUGUCCAGAAUCAUAUACAGGAGAUCGGGGAAAACACCCUUGCCAUUCGCACAACACAACCUCAUCUUUGACAAACUUGGUAUUCCUGAAUUGUGGAUUCAAUGGGGCACAUUUGGUGGUGUCGAGGGGUCUGCCUAUGGACUCAACACGACACCCCGCACUCUGGCCAAAUUAGGGCAACUCUAUCUGCAAAAUGGAUUGGCCGCCGAGGGUGACCAGCUAAUUUCUUCAGAUUGGAUACAAGCAUCCACAACAGAUCAACUUGCCGAUGAUACGGAAUCAGUUCAACCCUUAUUCCUUGGUUAUGGAUAUCAGUGGUACGUCGAUCGCACGGUACGAGACGACAUGUUCGUGCCACUCCCACAACUUACUGGGGCAUAUGCCGGCCAAGGUGCUCUAGGACAGCAAAUUGUCGUCAUUCCCGACACGGACACGGUGAUUGCCAUAAUGUCGGAUGAUGCCACAUAUGUCUACAGUUACGCCUUUUUCGCUACCAUACUACAAAACUUGGACAAGCUUGGCCGAGAUGUGGACGAACCACUAAAAUGUGAUGACUUUUCGCUGUGGAGCUUUGGCAUACGAGGGAGCCUUGGUGUCAUGUCGGCGGGGUGGAAAGUCCUGAUCAACUGCUUGUUUUAAUUUAAUAAUGCGUUGAUGGUCGGAUGAUCUUGACACAUCAACGCCGCCCCAACAUGUCAAUACAGGCAUUGGCCCAUCGACCAGCCAACUACUAAAGAGUGGUCUCAAGUGACCAAACUUGUCUCAAAAGCCAGAACCAGGAGGUGCAACACUCUGCAAGGCCAGAUCACACACUGCAAGGUCAAAUCAACCCAGACAGGAAGACACAUUGUCAUGGAUUCGGCGUCUACUUGUUCACCGGAUGCUUGCUUUUAAUCAAAAUUUGCUUUACAUAUAAGCUCUUUAAUUAAGAAACGCAACCACUGAUAUUCCUCUGUCUUUCUUUUUGAUCAAUGUAAUGAACAACACAAGUAUGA